GUCCGGAAGUGUGUAACGAAUGAGGUCAUGCAGAAGGAGGAAACAGAUCUCGAUAGCUAAGAUGGCGGAGGAGCAGCAACAGGAAUCAUCACAGGGAGAGGUGGAGGGAGUGAACUGCCUCGCAUAUGAUGAGGCCAUAAUUGCUCAACAGGACAGAAUUCAGCAAGAGAUAGCCAACAGUAGCCCCUUAGUGUCGGACAGACAGGACCUGGCGGUGCUGCAGAGGGAGUACGCUGAGGAUGACACGGUUUAUCAGCUCAAGAUCAAGGACCUACACAAAAAAUACUCGUACAUUCGCAAAACACGACCAGAUGGGAACUGUUUCUACAGAGCGUUUGGUUUCGCACAUCUCGAGUCGCUGCUAGACGACAGCAAAGAACUUCAGAAGUUCAAAGCAGUUUCAACUAAAAGUAAAAUGGACCUGGUUAAUGAGGGCUUCACUGAGUUUACCAUUGAAGACUUUCACAACACUUUCAUGGACCUGAUCGAACUGUGUGAGAAACAGCCGAGCCUGCAGGAGCUGCUGAACUCCUUCAACGAGCAGAACAUGUCGGACUACGUGGUCGUGUACCUGCGGCUGCUCACCUCGGGCUACCUGCAGAGAGAGUUUGGUUUCUUUCAGCACUUCAUUGAGGGAGGACGCUCUGUCAAGGAGUUCUGUCAGCAGGAGGUAGAGCCCAUGUCUAAAGAAAGUGAUCACAUUCACAUCAUCGCCUUAGCCCAGGCCCUAAACGUAUCCAUCCUGGUGGAGUACAUGGACAGAGGAGAGGGAGGAACAGUCAAUCACCAUGUUUUCCCUGAAGGCGGCGACCCACGCAUUUUCCUCCUCUAUAGACCUGGCCAUUAUGACAUCUUGUACAAAUAACACUCCUAACCACAGCCCACCUCAUUCUCCUCCUGCUGUACGAUACCGCAGUGGGUAAAAAAACGACAACUUCAGCAGCCACAUUGAUGAAGCAUACAUCUGUGUAUGAGACUACACUUGUGUAUUUGAACAAAAUAAAGGAUAAAAUCACA